UGCAGACCUUAGGAAGUCCGAUUCAAAAAUACGCCCCUUCUUCAACAUAUAAUUAAAAAGACGUUCCAGCAACGAAACGUGCAAGAAAUCCUCAGAAUUGCUGACGACUCCGUUCAUGUGUGUGAACAGUGAGGUCGGCGAUAGGGCGGGGAGUAAAAAAAAACCGUGACGAGACGGAAAGGGACGACAACAGCUACUGUUUACCAUUCGCGAGAUUUAGCACAUUAUUUCCUAGCAGUUACUUUAUACUGUUAUGUAAAAGGUCACAGAGAGAGUUGGAAUUACUUCUUCCCAAUACAAUGCAUGUUUUUUUUUUAGAGCCAGAGUCGACAGACAAUGGAGGCAAUGAUUUCGCAAAUAUUCAUCUUAUCCUGCAGAGGAGACCAUCUCAUAUACAAGAAUUUUCGUGGAGAAGCUGGAAAUGAAGUAGUUAACAUUUUUUAUCAGAAAGUUACAACACUUCCAGAGAACCAGGCACCAGUUAUCAUGAACCAUGAGGGGCUGCACUUUAUUCACGUGCGACAGAGUGGCCUUUAUUUUGUGGCAACAGCUAGAACUAAUGUUUCACCUUUCACCAUCAUUGAGUUCUUAAACAGAUUUGCCAGUCUGAUUAAAGAUUACUGUGGUACUUUGAAUGAAAAACUUGUGAGACUAAACUUCGCUCUGAUUUACGAGCUGCUGGAUGAAAUGUUGGAUUAUGGCUAUAUCCAAACCACAUCCACAGACAUCCUUAAGAAUUUUAUUCAGACUGAAGUAGUGGACACAAAGCCAUCCAGUCUCUUUGACUUGAGUAAUAUCGGCCUGUUUGGAGCAGACACCCAACAGAGUAAAGUGGCUCCGAGUGCAGCUGCUAGCAGGCCAGUAUUUUCAUCUCGCUCUGAGCAGGGCAGUAAAAAUGAAGUGUUCCUCGAUGUGAUUGAAAGACUUACAGUGGUAAUUGGAAGCAAUGGAACUGUGAUGAAGGUGGACGUGCAGGGUGAGAUUCGCAUGAAGUGCUUCCUUCCCAGCGGCUCUGAGUUGAGAAUUGGUCUUAAUGAAGAAUUCAGUAUUGGGAAAUCAGAACUGAGGGGAUAUGGUACAGCGGUACGGGUGGAUGAAUGUAGCUUCCAUGAAGUGGUGAAACUGGAUGACUUUGACAGUAACAGGAUCCUAAAGCUGCAUCCCCCACAAGGAGAGCUGACGAUAAUGCAUUACCAGCUGUCGGAUGAUCUUCCCUCAGUGCUGCCAUUCCGACUGUUUCCAACUGUGGAGAAAGAUUUAAAUUCAAAAUUGAUGGUUCACCUAAAACUGAGAUGUGACCUUCCUCCAAAGAGCCAAGCCCUGAAUGUCAGAGUACACCUACCAGUUCCAAAGAAUACAAUCAGUUUAUCUCAGGAACUCAGCAGUCCAGAUCAGACAGCCGAGCUUCAGCAAAGCACAAAAUCUAUUCAGUGGGUCAUUUCCAGAUUUCCUGGUGGCUCCCAACUUUCUGCACUCUUUAAGCUGGAAGUGCACAGUCUAAGUACUUCGCCUACUCUGGAAGUUGGGCCAGUCAGUAUGUCUUUUGAGCUACCUAUGCAUACAUGUUCUGGACUUCGGAUCAGAUUUCUGAGACUUUCCAGCCUGCAGACAGGCCUUCCCCAUCGCUGGGUCCGUUAUGCAACUCACAGUGAUUCUUAUGUAAUAAGAGUAUGAAUUCUUCCCCAUAUAGUGUUAUGGUAGUAUGUACCAGUAUUUAUGUAACCUAGAGAGAGAGACUGAAUUACAUUAAUUUCAAAACAGCAAAGAGAAAUUGUUUUGUCAUCCCAACAGAAGCAGGAGUUUCUCUGAAAACAGUUGCAGCUGUUAUGUAUUCUCUGGUUCUGUGUAUUUCCAUAGUAAAAUACCACAUCAUUUAAAACAUUUUGGUUUGUCUGCCAAGAUUAUUGUCCAUAAAAUCACUGAUAAAACACUAGCAACCAAGAUAUCACACUGUAUAUGUUGGUCUGUAUAAUAAAUUACUCAUUUAUGAUUA